AUUGUUUGUUCAGCAAUGGCAGGAUUUCGAUUGGGGCAAGAUGACUCGGAGAUAUCGCAGCAGAGCCGAGCCGCACCGGCCGAUCUCGUCUCCGACGAUGAACGCUCCGUCGCCGCCGACUCAUGGUCCAUCAAGAGUGAUUAUGGAAGCACUCUCGACGACGACCAGCGCCAUGCCGACGCCGCCGAGGACCUCUCAGCUGCUAACCUCCGUGCCCCCUCCGAAUACAGUUCUGACAAGGAGGAACCAGAUGCUGAAGGGGUGACAUCAAUGCUAGGUCUUCAGAGUUAUUGGGAUGCUGCAUAUGCAGAUGAGUUGGCGAAUUUUCGGGAACAUGGUCAUACCGGUGAAGUUUGGUUUGGAGCUGACGUCAUGGAAGUGGUCGCCUCAUGGACCAAAAGCUUAUGCAUUGAUAUUUCUAAAGGUCGCACACCAAAUCAUGUUGAUAAUAAUAAGUCUGAUACUGUGGAACAAGGUGAUAAGUAUCUUUCAGGCUGGAGUGUACUUGACAUCGGGACUGGCAAUGGUUUGCUUCUUCAAGAACUUUCCAAGCAGGGGUUCUCUGAUUUAACAGGAACUGAUUAUAGUGAAGGGGCGAUUGACCUUGCUCGAAGCCUUGCUGAUCGUGAUGGAUUGCCAAACAUUAAAUUUUUGGUUGAUGAUAUUCUAGAGACCAAGUUGGAAAGGCAGUUCCAACUAGUUGUGGACAAAGGAACCUUGGAUGCCAUUGGAUUGCAUCCAGAUGGUUCUACCAAAAGGGUAAUUUAUUGGGAUUCAGUUUCACGAUUGGUGGCUUCUGGUGGAUUAUUAGUGAUCACAUCAUGUAACAGCACAAAGGAUGAAUUGGUGCAAGAAGUGGAAAGUUUCAAUCAAAGAAAUGCGACGCAGGUUCAUGAAACACGCAAAGAUCCUCCUAAGUUUCAAUACCUUAGUCAUGUCCGCACGUAUCCGACAUUCAUGUUUGGUGGAUCCGUAGGGUCACGUGUUGCCACUGUGGCAUUUCUCCGGAACUAGAACACUAAUCGUUGCAUGUUGUAGUUACAUGGCUGUAUGCAGUCAAUGGAUUUAUGUUCCCGCAUCGAGAAAGUGCCCGUCUGACUUUGCAAGUUCUUUUGUUUGUUUGAACACCGUGAAACACUCUGAUUCAUUUUAAGAUGUUUCUUCUGUCGGGUUUUCUGCGAGUUACGCAAAAAUUAUACAGAAAAUGUACAUUUCGUUGUUAGUUCCUGUAAUGUGUUUUGGUCUAAUAGUUUACAAACUAGGUUAUCGUUU